CGCACACUGAGGAAGAGCCAGAGGAGCCAUGAGGGAGAUCGUCCACAUCCAGGCCGGACAGUGCGGCAACCAGAUCGGCACCAAGUUUUGGGAAGUGAUCAGCGACGAGCACGGCAUCGACCCCGCCGGGAACUACGUGGGCGACUCAGCGCUGCAGCUGGACAGGGUCAACGUUUACUACAAUGAGGCGUCCUCACAUAAAUACGUCCCCCGGGCCGUGUUGGUGGACCUGGAACCGGGAACCAUGGACAGCGUCCGCUCGGGAGCGUUCGGACAGCUCUUCAGACCAGACAACUUCAUCUUUGGCCAGACAGGUGCCGGGAACAACUGGGCCAAAGGUCACUACACGGAGGGGGCGGAGCUAGUGGACUCGGUGCUGGACGUAGUGAGGAAGGAGUGUGAGCACUGCGACUGCCUCCAGGGUUUCCAGCUGACUCACUCCCUGGGCGGGGGCACCGGCUCCGGCAUGGGCACCCUCCUCAUCAGCAAGAUCCGAGAGGAGUACCCCGACCGAAUCAUGAACACCUUCAGCGUCAUGCCCUCUCCCAAGGUGUCAGACACCGUGGUCGAGCCGUACAACGCCACCCUGUCGGUUCACCAGCUGGUCGAAAACACAGACGAGACCUACUGCAUCGACAACGAGGCUCUUUACGACAUCUGCUUCCGCACGCUCAAGCUCACCACGCCCACCUACGGCGACCUCAACCACCUCGUCUCUGCCACCAUGAGCGGGGUGACCACCUCUCUCCGUUUCCCCGGCCAGCUCAACGCAGACCUUCGCAAGCUGGCCGUCAACAUGGUGCCGUUCCCCAGGCUGCACUUCUUCAUGCCCGGGUUCGCCCCUCUGACGGCGCGUGGCAGCCAGCAGUACCGAGCGCUGACCGUCCCCGAGCUCACCCAGCAGAUGUUCGACGCCAGGAACAUGAUGGCGGCCUGCGAUCCGCGCCACGGCCGCUACCUGACCGUCGCCACCGUCUUCAGGGGACCGAUGUCCAUGAAGGAAGUGGACGAGCAGAUGCUGAACAUCCAGAACAAGAACAGCAGCUACUUUGUGGAGUGGAUCCCCAACAACGUCAAGGUGGCCGUCUGCGACAUCGCUCCCAGGGGGCUCAAGAUGGCUGCCACCUUCAUCGGCAACAGCACGGCCAUCCAGGAGCUGUUCAAGCGGAUCUCGGAGCAGUUCUCGGCCAUGUUCCGCCGCAAGGCCUUCCUGCACUGGUUCACGGGCGAGGGCAUGGACGAGAUGGAGUUCACGGAGGCCGAGAGCAACAUGAACGACCUGGUGUCCGAGUACCAGCAGUACCAGGAGGCCACCGCCAACGACGGGGAGGAGAACUUUGAGGACGAGGAGGAGGAGAUCAACGAGUAAGGAGACAGAACGCUGCUUAUUGGUAAACCACUGGCGGGACACCGGCACAGUAAUGAUAGGACGUCAUUAGAAUAGCGGUCAAAUCUAGACAGGGCAGGGGUUUCAUUCCAAAACACCGCCGAUUUAUUCCAAAGAAAGAAAAAUACUCAGUAUGUUCUUGUGCUCCAAACUGUUCAGGGCUCAAGUUUGCUCUUAUACCCCAGCGACAUUUGUUGUACAUUUUACUUUCAUGCAAGCGGUCAUUUUGUUGGAGUCAGUAUCAAAUUAUUUCAAGUGGCAGGAAUCUCACCUUAGAAUGAAACUGUAAUCGUAGAUCAUCUAGAAGAUUGAGUCUGGAGAGUAAACCAUGUCAAAAGGGGCUGGGAUCUUGAUAAAACUUGAGACCACAGUGAUUUAUUCUGAGGAAUUUGAUAAAAUCUUCUGAUCCAGAGCCAUAGUUGUAGAUUAUGCACUCUCUUGCUGCCCCUUCUCUAGGACUAUGAAGUAUUUCCUGCAAAUAUUUAUAACUAUUACCAUGAUUACCACCGGUCCAUUGCAAUGCCAGUGUUUUUCCAGUCAUCCCUAAAGUCAGCUGGCAUGAAAUCACAGGUUCUUUCAUGACAUGAUGGAUGGCAGUUCUGCUGCAAAUUGCGGUGACUGCACAAUAUCUAUCUGUGGCUCUGGGCAGAACACAGGGAACAACU